CCGACGCUCGGGUACGGUACUGGUGCGCCUCCCAGCCUUAGCAUCGAUUUCCAGUCGGGCGACCCAGUGCGAUCGAGUGAACGCGCGCGGUCCCCCCUCUAAAAUAAAAUAUCCAGUAUAUAAUUUUGUAAGCAGAGAGAUAAGGGCCCGAAGGUGGAUAGAAAGGGACUUUUAGUAUAUUAUCGUGGGCCUUAGAGACUGCGAAAUCCGUCGUAGAUCAUACAUAAUAAAGUGCAAUACGUUGAGGAAGCUUGGGAAGGACGGGUUGCGUGAGCGCGCACCAUUGUGGUGGGGAUACCAGGAGAAGCUGGCGAAGGCGCUGCCCUCAGUCGGUCGCCCGUUUCACUACGGUCAACAUACGAGAAAAUAAACUUCGUUCGAAUAGAGACUCGGUGUUCCCGUUCGAGCCGAGCGUUUAUACAUCAGGAUAUAUAAUAAUAAAGUGCGCUCCCGCUACGCUUGGAGCGUUAGCGAAUCGCGUUGUGACAAGGGGCGCGGGAGAUCCUUAACGAAUUCGAAAGCUUUACGUCGAGGCAGGACAACUGGGAGGAGUUUAAAAUCCGCGUUGGAGAGAAGCGAGAAAGGAAAUAAGUCGUGUUCGAUGUAUAUCGAGUUUACUGACGUCUGCUGAGCUUGCUUUGAUCUUGCUGAAGUUUAUUUUUCACGUUCAUUGUCACAUUCUAUAGAGCGCUGUUGGUCACAGCUGCGGGAAACGUUGUCGCCUGGGUAAAUGAAGUCAGUGAUAUAUCUGAGAAAUACAGAGAGGAAGGGAUCGUUGUACGAGUAAAGACCUCCUCAUCGCAGAGUAACAGCAGCACCAGCAGCAACGAGUUCCGGCUGGCUACGUGUUUCGAUGCUCGAUAGCGCACGAUCGAACGAAGGUCGGCACCAGUGCGGUACUAGAGGAUUUAAGGAAGAGAAAAAAAUCACCCUGAGAGUUACCACGAGGACUUUGUACCGUCUUGAUGGUGUUGUUACUGAAUUCCUGGUGAGAAGAGAGUUUCCUGGGAAUAACAGAAAAUAAAGAGUCACCGAGAGAAAGGGAGCUGAUACUCUGUGCUCUCUGACGGCGUUUUCUCUACUCCUGAGAAUCGUCACUGUCCACCCGCGUUGUCCUGGAAAGAGAGUUAGGGCGAGAAACGCUCGAAAUUUGGAUACAUAAUAUAUAGGAGGGAACUCACGCUCGUGUGGGAAAAGGAAAGGAUAGAGCGCCGGGGACAGAGACAGGGUAGGGAGGUAGAAACACGCCGAGCAGUGCUGCCCCCUAUUGGCGAGUUGCUCCCCACCCGGGACAGUCGAACAGAGGUACGCGAGGGCUCCCUCGAAAUUCGGCAGAAACGCAUGAAAUUUCGCAAAGUGCUCGACGUACGGGUUCUGUGGUGCCGCGCGAUACCGAGCCCAUCGUCGAGAAGAUAUAUUCCGUUGCUCGUGCCGUUUUUCCUUGGCGAUCCUGCCAUCAUAGAAGAAGAAAGAGGGGAAGCAGGAGGAGGAGUAUCGAAGACGACGACAACCCACGACGAGGACGUCUACGAGGAGAGCCACUAGUCGCUUUAGCGUCUAGUUUCGAAUCGGCGCGCGUGUUGAAGAGUUCACACUCUCCCUCAUUCUUGAAUAUAUAGUAUAUAUACUUAUAUAUACAUACAAAAGACUCUUUAGAGGGUAUUGGCGUGGCGUGGGCUGUUCUCUAGUCCACGUAUUAUACCGACAGUGAAUAUCGUGGGGGACACAGAGGCGUAACAACAGUUUAUCGUUCGAGUUUGACGCGCGUGAUUGAAAAACGUGCGAGCCACUGUUAACAGUUUGACUUAUAUACAAAGAAUAAUCUUAAACGCGCCGAAGAAAGAGACACCGCAAAGAAAAAAAGAAAAUAGAUUGUGCAGGAGGUGAGGAGAGAAGAGAAUAGAAGUACGGCGAUCGUCGCGGCACGAUCGUACUGCGCCCUCACGGCCGUUUCUCGAAACACAGUUAUCACAAUGGCUUCCGUGAAAGACACAGCGACUUUCUUCGCGGAGGGGACCGCAAAUCAGUUCGAGCAUGUUCUCAAGCUCUAUCCGCAGGCCCUGAGGCUCAAGGCAGAUCGCAAGACUAAGAAACCUGAGGAACUGAUUAAAUUGGACAACUGGUAUCAGAAUGAGCUUCCAAAGAAGAUCAAAGCGCGAGGCAAGGACGCUCAUCUCAAUCACGAGGAGCUGGUGCAAACGAUGAAGUGGAAGCAAAUACGUGGUAAGUUCUACCCGCAGCUGUCCUACUUGGUGAAGGUUAACACGCCAAGAGCCGUGAUGGCCGAGACGAAGAAGGCGUUCAAGAAGCUACCGAACCUCGAACAGGCCAUCACGGCUCUGUCGAAUCUGAAGGGCGUUGGUACCACAAUGGCAUCGGCACUGCUCGCCGCAGCAUCCCCAGAGAAUGCACCCUUUAUGGCUGACGAGUGUCUCAUGGCGAUUCCUGAGAUCGAGGGUAUCGAUUACACUACCAAGGAGUAUUUGAACUUUGUCCAGCACAUUCAGAAUACCGUGGAGAGGCUCAACAAACAGACGUCCAAUGGGAAGACUUGGAGCCCCCACAGAGUCGAGCUGGCGCUCUGGACUCACUACGUAGCAUCCGAGCUGAAGCCUGAACUCCUGGACGGGAUUCCCGGCUCCACCGAGAAUGGGAAUUCACAUCCUCCGACCAAUGGCGAGGCCACCGAACCCUCAGACGACAGCAAUCAGGAUACCGUAGUCGCAAAUGGCAAGGAACCAAUCGACCCGGCCGCCAUCGACGAGAAUAGCACGACAUCGUUCACUGAAGAUUCGUUGGAUAAGCCCGCGACUCCCAUAACAGUCGCGCCCGCAAGCGAAGACACAAAUGACUCGUUGGCCACGAACGAAAGCAAUACUCGGCCAACCGACAGCGAGGAUACGGAGGACUCGCAGGACGUCCAGGAGCCACCGACCAAAAAGAGCAAGAAGUGACCCCUUAGCCGAUCCCUCAUAAACCCUGUCACCCCACUCGUGUCAGCCGCCAACCUCGCCGUCAUCAGGGCGAGGCGCUUCUAGCUGCCGGUAAACUCCUACGGGUCGCGUCCAUGGACAAACCAACUGUUAAUUCUAACCUCGUCGCGCACGUCGCCCGCGCUCGUCCUCGAGAUAUUUGCCUGAAUGCCGGAGCGAAUGGGAGAUAGAGAGACAGAUCGAGCGAGAAUCACUGAGCGAAUGCAAACGCGAGAGGGAACUUAGGUGAUCGAGAUGAAGAUUUAAGGAUUGGUAUGGUUCGUAAGGCAGAAAGAAAAGGAGAAGGUGACAGAUCGAGUGCGGCAUGCACGGAUGGAAAAUAGCGCGAGGGUAUGAUAGGGGAAUGGAUUGAAAGUGCAAGAGUGCAAUCUCAAGUACUGAAAGUGUGAAAGAUUAAAGGAUAAGGAAGCAAUUUGUCUCUUCUUUGCGAACGCUUACACCGGCCUGUCUCCUUUCUCUGAAAUUUCGGUCGUGCCCUUUCUUCAGAGUCGUAUAAUAAUUCGCGACACGUUGCGAAAUUCAUGUUGGUAUUAAUUCCACGUGACUUUCGACAAAUGUAUAUUAUAUACACAUGGACUUUUUUCCACUCCAUCUUUGUUCUCUCUCUUUUUUUUUCUUUUCUUCUUUUUUUUUUUUAUACAAUCAUUUUUAUUUUCUCCGUUCGGCUACUUUGGGGCUGCCCUUCGAUUCUAUAUCGCGUUCUCAACGGCGAAUUUAUAUUGACGGGCGACGAGGCCCACGAGAAUGAAAAUGCAUCGAGGUCGCUAAUUAUUAAUACUUCAUUUUUGUUUACUUCUUUUCUCUAAAUUUUCGCCGAUACCCGAGCACCCACAUCCCAUUCGUGUUAAAUCAACUGCAGACCCUCGUUUUUCUUAAACUCGUCACAAGUAUUAUCAUAUAGCUUAACCUUCGCGCUAGUCUCUACUGAAUACAGAAAAUCAUCUUCAGUACGAAUAAUUAUGAAUAAUCGAUUCUUUAUCAGGAAGAGAUAUUUUUUAACCGAGCAGAACCAUCAGAGAAGUGCGAGAGAAUCGAGGAAAAUAUCGGUAACUAACGAGUAAAACGAGGAUGGAUGUAAAAAAAAACGGACGUAUAUUUUUUUUUCCUUCCUUUAACGCGACCACAGUGCCGAAAAAGGUCGACCCACUAUUGCGUCUAAGAGAGUACAGGAACCCGUGACCAGCAACAGGACAAGCGUGACGAAAGCUGAACCCUAACGAUAACAUUUAUUAUAUUAAUUAAUAACGAUAAAUAUUAAAUAAUAAUUAUACCGAAUCAUUACCAUAAUUUAUAUACCUAAAGAAAACUGCAUGUCGGAGUGAUGCAUGGAGCAAACCAAAUACCUUGUAAGUAAAGUUUAGAAAGAAAUAAUAAUAAUAAAAAUCGGAAAAAAAGAAAGAAAGAGAGAGAGAGAUUACAACGACAGCGUAGAAAAUGCGUUACGUGAAAUGACUUGGGAAGAUGUAUCGAAGAGCAAAGAGAAGGAAGGGAUUAAUACCGGCUGAUGAUUUUCAAUGGUUAAUUUCUAUUUUUUUUUUUUCCUGAACAAUUAAAACAACUAUCGAAUUUCGAGAAAUGAUUAAUUAUUUAUACGAGAUCGACACCUGUCCGACCCUAAUGGCGAAAGGGAUGGCAAUGACGGCACGUAGUUUCUACGUAUUCGCGUCAAGAUUUACUGUACAGGUAAUUUAACUAGUAUUUUUGCAUAACGACUGUAAUAACGAUAAAAGUAAUGAGAGUUAAAGAAAGAAGGAAAAAAAUUAACACGAGGGCAAAAGGUGUUUAAUGAAAAUUAAUGGAAUCGAGUGUAUGACUGAAUUAGUAUACAGGAGUGAAUGCUUAUAGCCGAAAUUUAAAAACAAAUCAGGUGCGAAUGAAAGUCAUUGAUAGUAAAAGACUAAGAGACAGAGAGAGAUGGAAAAUUAUAUUGAUCGAUGAUAGCACGUGCUUGAUUAGGAUUAGGAGAGUUGAUUGAAAUUUUAUAUGUUAACGUCAAAUCCUUGUUCCAAACUUAGUAGAUCGUCAUACGCAUCUGAUCAAAAUAAAAUUAAAUAAUUCAAGCAAGCGUAAAGAUAUCGGACAGGAUAUCCAUUGAUCAUCGAAGGAAUCCUCGAUCGCGUGUACUUUUGUAAUAAUAAUAAUAAUAAUCAUUUAUAUUUAUUUACCGUCUAAUUUAUUCGAUAUCGCGUUUCAGCGUCAACGAUUGAGCUAGAGCGACGAUUGGGGUAAUCGGUAGCCAUUUUAUUAUUAUUAAUUAUUAUCAUUAUCGUUCUCCACCACGACAGCAUCCUUUUUAUCACUUUCUUGGGCUUUUCACUCAAUUUCCAUUCUCGUGCUUCUGUUUUAUAAUCGCCGGGCCGAAAUACACGAGUAAAAUUAUGCGAUGAUAAAUUUUUUAAAAUUGAAAAAAAAAAGCAAAGAAAAAGAAACAUUCCAGAUUUAAUAUACGCAAGGCUGUUGCGAAUUAAUGAAUUACCUAGUCGCAUACAAGCAAAAAGUGUCUUUCUUCUCCUCUCUCUCCUUUUUAUCUCGAUUCACGAACUUUUGGUAUUGUCGCUUGCAGUCGCGACUGUGAAAUCGCCAUUAGCUUGUUUACCGUCUCCGCAUGCAUCGUCGCCAAGAUUCGCCGCCAGGUGGACACGUUUAUUUCUCUUAUUCGUAAUAGCCUCGACGGCUGUCGUUCCGUAUGAUUGACAUUUACCUACAAUGGAAAUCAUCGUAAAGGUGAGAGAAAAAAAGGACCGAUUUAAAUACUUGCGUCUGAAGAUUGUUCUUUUGAGUUUCUCUUUUUAGUCGUAUCCUCCUUCUCCUCCGCGUGUCGUGAAAAAAAAAAUAAAAGUCUAUCGAACCGGCGUUUAUCUGUUUAUAUGACUUACGAGACUUAUUUUAAAAGUUACGCUCGUUCUCGAUUAGCGAAUGAGUGCGAGAGAGAGAGCGUAGAGUGCAGAGAAAACGAGAAAGAGGGAGACAGAGAGAGAAUUGACAACGAGCCAUUAGCGCGAAAGUCGGCGCAUCGCUGUAAAUGUUAUAGACAGCUUAUCAUUAUUAUAUUGUGAUUUAAUUUGCCACUUAAUCAAUAAAUGCUAUCGUUAUCGUCGCACAGCGUCACUAAACUUCGCCACAGUUACUAUUACAUACAUAUACAUAUAUAUAUAUAUAUAUGCUGUUACAAUACGGAUGUCGAUAAACCUGCUGGCCGUUUUACGUGAUUGCGAAGCAGAAGGAAGAAAAGAGAAAAAAAAGUAAUGGAAGGACUCGCUGCCAAUCAAUUAAAUAGGAGGAAAGUUCGGGAGCUGAAGGAAUUACGUAACUGCAGCAGAAGGGAAUGUAAGGAGGGAUUAGGAUGACGGUAGCGGAGGUAAUAGAAAGAGGAAAUUAACAGGAAGCUAGUAGACGUAUGGUAUUACAUGGAUUUACGUAAAAUCCAUGGUCCAUCGAAAAUACAAAUUUUAUGUUUGUGUUCGAUAGCAAAUCAAAAUUGCAAUCGAUAUUAAUAAUUCCUGUAAAUUUUGCUUGAACAGAUAAAAAUUAAGGGUGAAAAAAAUUGUUUUUUUUUUGUUUUUUUUUUUUUUAAGAAAUACAAAUUUUCUACAGUAACAAUGGCAUCGGCCAGAUGUUCCUACUCGUACGAAGAGAAUUUUAUACAUUUUCUCUCUCUCUCUCUCUUUCUCCUUAAUUUUUUUUUACGUAUACAAUUUUUUCGUCUUCUCUUCGUCCGAUACCCAAAAUUUGCCCACUCUCGUUAUUUUUUUCCAUUUCUUUUUUCCCUCGACUUAGACCUUAGGGCACAUUUUGUAAGAACUAGAUUAAUUAAGGAGUAGUGGUAAUUUGACUACGAAACUGUAUAGUGCAGCUGUUGAAUGACACAAUAAAACUGUAAAAAUCGAACCUGCUGUAAUAACGUGAAAUUAUGUAUUAUAUGCGUAGACAUUCGCGUGAUUACCUAUAUGUACGUUAACGCGUGUACAUAUAUGUAAACACGCGAUAAUAUAUAGAUACGCGCUUACAUACCGAAAUCCAAAAUAAUUUUAAUGAGUUAUCUUUCUUCUUUCUUUGUUUCCUUAACUUUGCUUUUAUCGCUUCGCGAGUUAUCUCGCUCGUCAAGAAAGAAAAAUUACCACCCUGUCACGCAAAGGGACUUUUGCGUACCGGCGAUAACGUGACUACAAAAAAUGGUCAAACAUAGGAAAAGUAAAAAAAGAUGAAAUUAAAGUGACCGGUACAUUUCCUCUAUUUCCGCCAUUUUUGUCGCCUCUAUCUCUCUCUCUCUCUUUCUCGCAGGAAUAAUUAAUUCUCCGUACAUUUGCAAUUCCACGCGGAGUUUAACGAUUCAAAAUCAAUUUCCACCCCCCUCACUACCCAGCCCCGUUUUCAUCCGUGCAAAAUUUCAUCUCAGCUUUCCCCAUCAUCCUUCAGGGAUUUACGAUUGAAAUUCACAAAUUCAAAUCUUCAGUAAUCCUUAUGACUCUGGAUGACGAAAGGAUGUGCCAGUCCCCCUAUAUGUAUAUGUAGAUCAAAUUUUUUAUUGAUUAAUUGGAUUAUAAAUACAAAAUAGUAACAGGCGGAUUGAGCUUUUUACGUAAUUACGCUAGACUCUUUCUAUUUCAAACUUGAUAAACGAAUUACGUUAUGAUUAUUGCAUACGGUUACAGACCCGCGUACAAUAGACGUGUCAUAUACGUAUACAUAUAUAUAAUACAAACAUACAUGUAGAAGGAAAUAGAUAAAGCAUAAAAUAGGCAGUGCUUUAUCUAAAUUAAUUAGCCUAUGGUCUCUGAGGCAACUGUAAAUUCUGCACUUACAAUAGACUAACAAUGAGUCCUGAAUUGUGUUUCCAAUCGUUUUCAAAUCCUAAUGGAAAACGCCGUUUUAGGUUAGGACGCGAAGUAAACUGCGGAAAGCGUAUCCAUAUACCCAUAUAAUAUGUGUAUCCAAUUUCCGGUAUUAGCCGAUCAAGGUUCAAAUGCACGUCCGAAACCUUGUAGAGAGAGAGAGAGAGAGAGCUGCAAUUAAAAUAUAAUUAAUUAAAGCGGGACAGUGAGUGUGUGCAUAAGAUUGUGACCUUAAGUGUAUUUGCAUAUUUGAGGUUAAGAAUGUACCAAAAUUGCAGUCCUGAUAACCAUGGGCGUCGAGGGCGACGAACCGGUCGAUCACUUAUCGACGUGCGUAUUUUAUUAUUAACUUCUGACAUAGGGCGGGCGACGAUCAGGAGGCUAAAAAAAGAUGUCGUAAAACGGUUAGAAAAUAUAUACAGGAAUAUUACAAGGAAAGACAUCCUUCGUAAGGUUUUACAUUCACGUUAGUGCUUACAGUGUCGAGACAUUGCUAUUUUUUAUAUUUUAUCUGACGUUUACAUUUGUAGUGCAGUCAUGAGAUACGAGUGGAUGAUGUAUUGUCACGAGAGAGAGAGAGAGAGAGUGAGAGAGAAGUGCAGGCGGUAUACGAAUAUACGUAUGUUUGGAUAUGCGAGUAAAAAUUCAAGCUGAAGGACGGCUUAUGCAAUGU